AUGCGCCUAAAAGUCAUUGUGUCAUUGGUUUGUCGAGUUCACAAAGUGAUAUCUUUCUUUUUAUCUAACUUUCUAUUAUCUAUCUAUCUAUGUUCUCAUCUAUUUCAGUCUGUUCUCAUCUAUUUCAGUCUGUUCUCAUCUAUCUAUCUAUCUAUCUAUCUAUCUAUCUAUCUAUCUAUCUAUCUCUCGCUCUCUCUCUAUAUAUAUUUCAGUUUGUUCUUAUCUAUCUAUCUAUCUAUCUAUCUAUCUAUCUAUCUAUUUCAGUCUGUUCUCAUCUAUCUAUCUAUCUAUCUAUCUAUCUAUCUAUCUAUCUAUCUAUCUAUCUCUCUCUCUCUCUCUAUAUAUAUAUAUUUCAGUUUGUUCUUAUCUAUCUAUCUAUCUAUCUAUCUAUCUAUCUAUCUAUCUCUCGCUCUCUCUCUAUAUAUAUUUCAGUUUGUUCUUAUCUAUCUAUCUAUCUAUCUAUCUAUCUAUCUAUUUCAGUCUGUUCCCAUCUAUCUAUCUAUCUAUCUAUCUAUCUAUCUAUCUCUCGCUCUCUCUCUCUAUAUAUAUAUAUUUCAGUUUGUUCUUAUCUAUCUAUCUAUCUAUCUAUCUAUCUAUCUAUCUAUCUAUCUCUCGCUCUCUCUCUAUAUAUAUAUAGAAAUUUCAGUUUGUUCUUAUCUAUCUAUCUAUCUAUCUAUCUAUCUAUCUAUCUAUUUCAGUCUGUUCUCAUCUAUCUAUCUAUCUAUCUAUCUAUCUAUCUAUCUAUCUAUCUAUCUAUUUCAGUCUGUUCUCAUCUAUCUAUCUAUCUAUCUAUUUAUAUAUAUUUCAGUUUGUUCUUAUCUAUCUAUCUAUCUAUCUAUUUUAGUCCGUUCUCAUCUAUCUAUCUAUCUUUCAUGCCAAUAUUUAGAGAUUGACAUGGGAGAAAAUAUUGAGCUUGACAUGGGAGCAAAUACGGAGAUUGACACGGGAGCAAAUAUCGAGACUGACACGAAAGCAAAUACGGCGGUUGACACGGAAGCAGAUAUCGAGAUUGACAUGGAAGUAAAUAUCGAGAUUGACACGGAAGACAACUUUCAUUUUGCGAUUUGA